GACGAGAACCCGGAAUAAAGAAGCCCAGCAUUUAUGUGGGUGCUCUUUCCUCUGAUUACAGGCUGCUAAUGAAUAGCUACAUCCUGAAUGCAUAGCAACAACAGGCACUCCAGCUUCUAUAACAACACCGCUGCUGGUGAUUCUGCACCUGUCGGGCAGGAUGUCGUCUGCCAGGGAAAGAUCCUGGACCUUUGUUGCACCCGCACUGGUGACCUUGAUUCUGCUGGAUGCUGUUGUUAUUGCACAGGCGAAGAACUUUGAGGAUGUUCGCUGCAAGUGCAUCUGCCCACCAUACAGAAACAUCACUGGCCACAUAUAUAACAGAAAUGUGUCCCAGAAGGACUGUAACUGCCUCCAUGUAGUGGAGCCCAUGCCGGUGCCUGGCCAUGACGUGGAAGCUUACUGCCUGUUGUGUGAGUGCAAAUAUGAGGAGCGAAGUAGCAACACCAUCAAGGUAACCAUCAUCAUUUACCUGUCUGUUGUGGGUGCACUGCUGCUCUACAUGCUGUUCCUGCUGCUGGUUGAUCCUCUAAUUCGCAAACAUGACGCCUACACCCAGCCUCUGCACAACGAGGAGGACUCUGAGGAGAUGCGUCCGACGGUGGACAGUGCCCAGGCCAGAGGAAACACUGUGCUGGAGCGGGUUGAGGGAGCACAGCAGCGCUGGAAAAAGCAGGUUCAGGAGCAGCGCAAGACAGUUUUUGACCGCCACAAGAUGCUUAGUUAAACCCAGAGCACAUAUAGAAAAGGUAACUUACCUGGGCUCAGCGCUUUUACACUGUCUCACCAGCUGCACUAUUACUAACCUCUGUUGUCGCUGUGCACUGCUGCACCAUCUGAAGCAUUUCUUCACUUAAAAAAAAUUUAAACAUAUUUGUCUCGCAAGCAGACAUUUUAUUUGAAUAUUAUAUGUAACAUUUUAGGCUACGUUGCAGCUGUGAAAAAACUGCGUGUUUGGGCACUGUGAAUGGCUAGAAAUCAUCUCAAUCAUUUCAGCAAUUUGCAAUGCAACAGAUUUUGAAUGUCUCGAUAAAGUAAAAACCUUUUUCUCUAUUAAGCCAGACUGUGAAUAGCUUUUAAGCUUCUCUGUAUUUAUUUUUCUUUAGCUUUCUUCCAAUUUGGUACAUUAUUAAGCUGUUUUCCUUGUAGCAUAAUUUAUAAAAUUACCUCAGAACAGGUAAGCUAUGUGUAUGUGAAUGGUCAAUUUAGCAAUUUGAGUAAUGAGUACCCAACCUGUGCUACUGUCAACUAUCACACAUUUCCUAGUUUAGCAGUAGUAAUGAUUUAUAUGUGGUAAUUAUUUCUCUUAUUUAUUUGUUCCCCAUGACUGUGCAUAGUAACCUGGGCAUAUUUAGUGCCAUUUGCACUAAUAGAGUAAUUCAAGGAUUGCACUUUUUGGGCUUUGUAAUUUUUAAGGUGCAAUAUGUCACUCUGGAGAAAGAUAGUCGAUUGUUGAGUCUCAUUUCCAAUUCAUCAUGGUUUCCCCCAGAAAAGUUUUUUCUAGGUGGAAAGUAUAUUUUGAAAGAGCAGGCAACCUGACAUGACAUGAUCCAGCACAAUUUAGCGGACAAGUGUCUUUUUUGACGGGGGCCAACAACAGAUUUUAUUUUAUUUUGAUGUUUACAAUUCAGCAAAGUUAAAUUAAAACAUAGUUUUAUGUGUAAAAAGCAGCAUUUGGUCUCAAAUGCAUAUGAAUAUGAUUCAGAUUUGUUGUGUAUUCAUGAGUGCUUGGAAUGGGGAGACAAAACAAGAUUUUGCAUAGGGCCUUUAAAAUGCUAGAAAUGGCCGCUGUUAGCAAGUGUGUCUGCUGACAAGAUGCAGCCGUCAUGGAAAAGACGCAGCAUGAUGAUAAGGACGAAAUGCAAUGGAGAAAUCUCGUCACAGCCUUAAAAGGAAAUUUCGGUUUAUUUCAACCCGUCUCCUGUCGUCCUAAAUUUGUUUCAAGUCAGUAG